ACAGGAAGUGUCGGAUUAAACUGGGACGGAGGAGCAGAGCAGCUUUUCAUCAAAUCACUUUUAUCACAGUUUACUGGAGGAAAAAAAACAAAGAAACUAAGAAUAAACUCUUUAUUCUGCAGAGAUCUUCAUCAUCAGAGGCGACCAUGGCCUCCACGGUGGAGAGGACGGACGAGCACGUGAGGGAGUAUCUGAUCUACCGCGGCUUCACCUCCACCCUGAAGCACCUGGACACCGAGAUCAAAGCCGACAAGGAGAAAGGCUUCAGGGUGGAUAAAAUCAUCGACCAGCUGCAGCAGCUGGUGCACAGCUUCGACCUGUCGGGCUUGAAGGAGUACUGGCUGUACCUGGACAGACGUCUGUUCUGCAGGCUGGAGGACGUCUACAGGUCCACCGUCAACAAGCUGAGGACCAGCCUGUACAGAUACUACGUGGUCAACUCCAUCCAGAGAGGAAACCUGGACAAGACCCAGGAGUUCUUCCAGAAGCAGGCGCUGGAGCUCCAAGGUCAGCCCGAGUGGCGCGAUUGGUUCAUCCUGCCGUUUAUCCCCGCCCCCGAGCAGAACUCCGCCUUCUCUCCUUACUUCUCCCGCCAGUGGGCGGACACCUUCCUGGUCUCGCUCCACAACUUCCUGUCGGUGCUGUUCCAGUGUAUGCCUCAGCCCGUCCUGCUGAGCUUCGACGCCGAGGUCCAGAGGAUGACGGGAAUCACCGAGGAGAACGAGGAGCUGCGUCAGCUGCUCUUUGCCCUGCAGACGGACAGUCGGGAUCAGAGGGACGGGGAGGAGACGGUGCACCACAAGCUGCCGCUCUACGUGCAGAACAUGGACCGGCUGGGAGACACUGAGCUGGACUUGGUGUCCAGCCAGCGAGCCAUCAGCGCCUCCACCACUCCCUCCAGAAACUUCUUUUCCACAUUCCUCCCACAGGGCAGACGCACUCCCGGGAAACCGACUCCCGUCUCCUCGGGCUCGUCCCCGAGCCAGGCGGCCGUGGGCAGGAAGGACACGUCCUCCGCCCAGGCUGCCAAGCCUAAAGAGGCGCUCCAGCCUAAAGACUCCAAAGCGGCCGGCAGCCAGCCGUCCGCUGGGGAAGUUUCCAGUUUCCAGCCUCAGCAGUCCACAAACCAGAACCCCAGAACCAAGAGGAUCCAGGACCAUGAGAAGGAGAGGAAGGAGCUGUUCUCCAAACCCCCACAGGUCUCUCCUCAGACUCCAGAGAGGAGGGCGGGGGAGGCGGGGGAAGCAGAGCCUCCUCCCGACGUCCCCGGCGACGCCAUGGAGGCCUCCUGCAGCGGGAGCGGUGCAGCCGGAGCAGAGGGAGCGGCGCUGUGCGCAGAGCAGCCCUUCAUCAAGCUGAGCCAGGAGGAGUACGGAGAGCAUCACUCCUCCAUCAUGCACUGCAGGGUGGACUGCUCCGGACGAAGGGUCGCCAGUCUGGACGUGGACGGAGUCGUCAAGGUCUGGUCCUUCAACCCCAUCAUGCAGACCAAAGCCACCAUCAUGUCCAAGUCUCCUCUGCUCUCUCUGGAAUGGGCCACGAAACCAGACCGGCUGUUGUUACUGGGCAGUGGUGUCGGCACAGUGCGGCUCUACGAUACAGACGCCAAGAAGAAUCUCUAUGAGAUGAACAUUGAUGAAACUCAUCCACGCAUCCUGUCCCUGGCCUGCAGCCCGAGCGGCUCGUCCUUCGUGUGUUCGGCCGCGGCUCUCAGUCGGUCCGGAGGCGCCGAGUCGGCCCCUCGCCUUCCCGUCCCCGUGUCGGGUCAGCUGCUGCUGUGGGACACCAAGACGGUCAAACAGCAGCUCCAGUUCUCUCUCGAACCUGAACCGGUCGCCAUCAACUGCACGGCCUUCAACCACAACGGGAACCUGCUGGUGACGGGGGCUGCGGACGGGGUCAUCCGGCUGUUCGACAUGCAGCAGUACGAGAGCGCGAUGAGCUGGAGAGCCCACGAUGGAGAAGUGUACAGUGUGGAAUUCAGCUACGAUGAAAACACCGUGUUCAGCAUCGGAGAGGACGGCAAGUUCAUCCAGUGGAACAUCCAUCGCUGUGGAGUGAAGCAGUCGGAGCAGAUCCUGCCUCAGGAUGCCACGGGUCCCUUCGUCCUGUCGGGUUACAGCGGAUACAAACAGGUUCAGGUUCCUCGAGGUCGACUCCUGGCCUUCGACUCUGAGGGGCAACACGUUCUGACCUGCUCCAGCUACGGGGGGCUCAUAUACCGGCUGACCGGCGGGGAGCCGGCUCUGGAGCGCGUGCUGUCGCUGGGCGGCCACAAGGCGCCGGUGGUGACGGUGGACUGGUGCUCGGCGGUGGACUGCGGCACCUGUCUGACGGCCUCCAUGGACGGGAAGAUCAAGCUGAGCACGCUGCUGGCGCAGAAGUCCUGAGAUCUGGGGCCGAACAGGAACCGUGGAAACUCAACACACCUGCUUUAUUUCAAAUCCUCAUUAAAAACAUCGUCAGUA